AUGACACAUCCUCGAUCAAAUCAGACGGCGAGUGGGCAUUCUGCAUCUCCUGAUUCAAAAUUUCACGGCACUCCUCCAGCGCAAAUUCCGAAAUUCUCACUAAUCAAUGUGAAAAAAUUCUCAUCUACGUCGCCUUCGAAACAUGACACUUCAAUCAAGGAAAGGACGGAAGCACAGUUGGCAUCGUACGAGAAGGCUUCUAGGAGACUAGAUAAAGCACUACAGGAAGCCAGUGAAAAAUUGCAACAUCCUAUCAAACUAGCCCUACCUUCGGAUAUUCCACCAUUCAGCGACCAUCGGCAAACUCUGGAUGUAGCCCAAGUGGAAAAUCUGCGCAACAGAGAUGUCGCUCAGGAACCGCGCCAUUCACUUCCAUCAAAGCCCUUAUUGGAGAACAAUUCGCCUUAUGAUUAUGGGACCAGUGAGGAGAGAACGAAUGAACCGAUGCGAUCUAGUAAUGUCCCACUAUCGAAAGCUUUAGGGGCCAGCAUGGCUGCUGAGUUGGCCUACGCUGAAAAAGCUCAGGAGAUUCAGAAGCAUUUGCACGACGCCCAUCAUCUCGCGACCAUGGUACAGCAAAAGGCAGAACAGCAGCUUUAUCGGGGUGAUGGCGGAGAGGAUAUUGACAGAAUACUGGACUCAAUCUCGUUGCGAGACGACUCGCUUGUGACUAGUGACGAUAGCGACAAGCCAAAGAAAGACAUUAGAGUCCAAGAAACAAUUAAACCAAUGAACACGAGCGUGAAGUUCAAUUUCAUGCCUUCUCCUGUCCGAAAAGCAGCAUUUCUGACUCCUGCACAGCGACACGAGCGAAAGACAAAAGUGGAAGAAUAUCUUCGCAUGUACAGUGUUCUUCAUACCCUGCAAAACGCAGUCUUCAAGCUCAAAAGAUCCAAAUGUAAUCCAGAGCAGGUGCCAAAAAUCGAGGAGCUGUCCAGGGUGGCAGACAAGGAAUACAAAGAAGCGAUUGUUCAAGCGAAAUCUUGGCUGAGGAAGAAGAUCUCACAGGUUUGGAUUGUCAUUAUCUUCCGCUCUCAGAAUCGGGCGGGGCGUGGCAGUUUAUACACGUGACA